GUUGUUUCUUCUUUUCUACUUUGUUCACACACUCUUAGGGAAUGUGAAGUUAUUAUUGGCCAUAUAUAUAAUUUGGUACACAAGCUUGGAGUGGGGCUUUCAUAUGGUCGAUAUAGAAAUUUGAAUGAGACCCUAAAAAUUGUGCAGACACCACCAUAAUGGGAGAUGGGAAGCUCGGAUUGGUCGAGUUUUCGGCAACAAGUAUCUCUACCUUGGAACUUAUGGUACGCCAAUAUUAUAUUUUACGUUUUUAUAUAUUGUGUUUAGACAUUUGAUGAUUAAAUUAAGAGAUGAAAACCUAAUCUCUAUCAUCAGGAUGAGGGUUUGACAUAAUUAAGUUGCACAUUUCUCUGCUUCAACCUUGUAUGCCUACGUACUCCUCCUCCUCCUACCAAGGGCUUUGUUUUCAAACUUACAAACGUCAUGAAACGUACAAAGAAGUGGAAGUAGUAGUAAAAAUAUAGCAAUCAAAUCGAGUUAGUUGGAAUUCAGAUCACCAAACCCCAACUGCUUGCUUCCUCAGCAUUUAAUUCACAUUUCAGACUUCCACUCAAGCAAUAUAUAUACUUUCCCCGUUUUGUUUUCAUUUGGGCUUUUAAUUGCUCCUUUAGAUGGACAACCCUUUGACGGCAACCAUUCGACAAUUCCACUCCACCAAUAUAUUCAUGCUCAAAUUCAUUACUCCUAUUCUUUCUUUUCUUAUUACGGUAAUGUCUAUUUUUUAUCCAAAAAAUUUUCGAAUUUUUUUAUAUUAUCCAAAUCUAUUAAAAUUCUAUUAAUUAGUCAAAUAUUUCAUAAUGCAUCAAAAUAUUAGUCAUUUUUAUGUUAUCGUUAAUAAUUUUGUAACUCUUUUCUCAGUUAAAAUACUAAAAUAUUGAAAUUUUGACAUUCGUGUAUCUCUUCCAAGUCAUUAUCAUGUUGCCAAGUCAAUAUUACUAAUAAAAUUGCUAACCGGAAGAGUGGAAGUUAACAUUUAGAUAAUUCUUAGUAUUUCAAUAGGUUUGGAUGAUAUAAAAGAAUAUGAAAAAGAUUUGGAUAAAAAAUAGACAUUGCCCUAUUAAAAAUGCCACUUUUAACUACGCAAUAACUAUAAUAUUGACAUUAGAUUAGAAUUUUUUUUAUGAAAUAUAUAACAUGAAUAAUUGUUUACGAAAUAAUAUAUAUCGAUAUAUAACUAUCAUUUCGUCACCUUUGCAGCCACUCAAGAAGAAGCAGCCACAGCGUAUGACAUGGCAGCCAUAGAGUACAGGGGGCUGAACGCCGUCACAAACUUCGACCUGAGCCGUUACAUCAAAUCGCUGCGCCCAAACAGCCAAACACCUGCCGCCGACGCCUCCCAACAGAACCCUAACGGCGACGACGCUGUAACCGUCCAUUCGCCGCUCCAAAGCGUUAUCACUGACGACCACCAUAACCACCAGCUACCCGCCACACCUGAUAGCUCCCCGGGAACCAUCACGCCGCCCGCGUGGGGCAACGGCGGGUCGUCGUCGUCGUCGUCAUCAUCGGCGUCAUCUUCGUCGUCGGCUUUAGGGCUUCUGCUGCAAUCGUCCAAGUUCAAGGAAAUGCUGGAGAGAAGUUCAACAAAUUGCACCGCCGAUGACUGCCAAUAUUCGACGCCGCCGAGGGAGGUGUCUGAAUCCGAUCACCGAAUCCCGCGGCGGAGCUUCCCGGAGGACAUCCAGACCUACUUCGACUGCCAGGAUUCCGGCGGCAUCGAAGGCGACGAACUCCUCUUCGGAGACCUCAAUUCAUUCGCUUCACCUAUUUUCCACUGCGAGCUUGAUGGGUAGAUUAAUCUGAUAAAAACAAUUAUCAUAAGUUUUUUUUUAUUUAGAGUGCCAAAAAAAAACUCAAUUUGAUUUAUUGAUUUUAUAGAUAAUUUUAAUAUUUAUUAUCUAUAUAUAUAUCCUUACAAAAAUUAAUGAUUUUAACAAACCGCUAAACUGAGAUUAAUUUGGGGAGGGGGAUAUAUAUCACAGAAGAGAACGUAACAUUACUAUAUAUUCCAGUUCUGUGGCUGGCAGAACUAGAGGAUGUGUUACAAUUUUUAUUUUUAUUAUUUUAUCUUUAUUAAUGGUUAUUUAUUUUGUAAUUGUAGAUUGAUGGAAGGUAAGACAUUAUAAUAGUUUUAACAGUUUACCACAAUAAAUAAUGUACUUCCUU